CUCAAAAACCCUGCUCACAUCUCGCGUGGUUCUGUCUCUGGCAACCCCUCCCUUCUCGCUAUCUCUCUUCCAGCCUGUCAGUGCGGUAGCUAGUACAGGAGGGUGACAGUCCUCCCCUAGACCCAGCCUGCCGUACCCUGACCGAGGCUUGGAGACCCUUCCCCCCCGCUCAGCCAUGGCUACUACUAUCGUUACAUCCACACGCUUUACAGAUGAAUACCAACUCUACGAGGAGCUUGGGAAGGGAGCGUUUUCAGUGGUCCGCAGAUGUGUGAAGAAGUCAUCAGGUCAGGAGUUUGCUGCCAAAAUUAUCAACACCAAGAAACUCUCAGCCAGAGAUCACCAGAAGCUGGAUCGAGAGGCUCGCAUCUGCCGUCUUCUCAAACACUCCAACAUAGUGAGGCUACAUGACAGUAUCUCAGAGGAAGGCUUUCACUACCUUGUCUUUGAUCUGGUGACGGGAGGAGAGUUGUUUGAGGACAUCGUUGCUAGGGAGUACUACAGCGAGGCUGAUGCCAGUCAGUGUAUCAACCAGAUCUUGGAGAGUGUCCAACAUAUCCACCAGCAUGACAUCGUCCACAGGGACCUCAAGCCUGAGAACCUGCUCCUGGCCAGUAAGAUGAAGGGCGCAGCGGUGAAGUUGGCAGACUUUGGCCUGGCCAUUGAGGUGCAGGGAGACCAACAGGCAUGGUUCGGUUUUGCGGGUACCCCUGGCUACCUGUCCCCUGAGGUCCUGAGGAAGGACCCCUAUGGCAAGCCUGUGGACAUAUGGGCCUGUGGUGUUAUUCUGUAUAUCUUGUUGGUUGGCUAUCCUCCAUUCUGGGAUGAAGACCAACACAAACUCUACCAGCAGAUCAAGGCUGGGGCCUAUGAUUUUCCCUCUCCCGAAUGGGACACUGUUACGCCAGAGGCUAAGAACCUGAUUAACCAGAUGUUAACUAUUAACCCUUCUAAGAGAAUCACUGCUGAUCAGGCUCUCAAACACCCAUGGAUCUGCCAACGUUCCACCGUGGCGUCUAUGAUCCACAGACAGGAGACAGUGGAAUGUCUGCGCAAGUUCAACGCUCGGAGGAAGCUCAAGGGAGCGAUCCUCACCACCAUGCUGGUGUCCAGAACCUUCUCAGUGGGCCGGCAGCAUGCCAACCCUGCUGCUGUGUCCUCCACCGCCUCGCUGGCCCAGGAAGCAUGCAAAAGUUUACUGAACAAGAAGGCGGACGCUGCUAAGCCCACGACCAACAACAACAGUAAGAACAGCAUCGUGAGCGCUAUAAAUGCCAUGAAGGACAACAGCAUGGCUGCCUCACAGAUGGAAUCUCAAAAUACAGUGGUUGCUACUGAUGGGAUCAAGGGUUCUACAGAGAGUUGCAACACAAAUGAGGAUGAGGAUAUGAAAGGGGACAGUGUUGUGAUGAUGAGUCAGGGCAGUGCUACAGAGGAGAUGCCCUCCCUUCUGACCUCGUCUGACAACUCGCCUGCCACUGUUCCUCUGCAUGAUGUAAAGCGCAUGGCGUGGAACAGCUCCGAUCAAGGCUCCAACCCCGAGUCGGGGCACGCUCAAUCUGCUUCCCCUGCUGCUCUGCUAGGGAGCAACACUGUCCCUGUCACAGUCAAUACCACCACACAGCACACUCGUAAGCAGGAGAUCAUCAAGAUAACUGAACAGCUGAUUGAAGCUGUGAACAAUGGAGACUUUGAGGCCUACACGAGGAUCUGUGAUCCAGGUCUGACCUCCUUUGAGCCUGAAGCUCUGGGGAACCUGGUGGAGGGCAUGGACUUCCACAAGUUCUACUUUGAAAACCUGCUGAGUAAGAACAGUAAGCCGGUCCACACCACCCUGCUGAACCCCCACGUUCACCUGAUUGGAGAGGAGGCUGCCUGCAUCGCCUACAUCCGCCUCACGCAAUUCGUCGACGGUCAGGGACGCCCCCGCUCCAGCCAAUCGGAGGAGACCAGGGUGUGGCAUCGCCGUGACAGCAAGUGGCUCAAUGUCCACUUCCACUGCUCUGGGGCUCCGGCCGCACCGCUGCAGUGAACUGGUGUCCAAACGCUCCAGGCUAUUGGAGUGUGAGUUUUGGGGCGUGUUUUCGGCGUGUGUUUUGGGAGCGUGUCCUCUUUGUGGGUUGACCAAUGCCAGGAGCCCGGCCGGGCAAGACUGCACCCUCUCCACAACACCAACCAAUCCAGUCUCUCCUUUGAUCCGCUGGGGGCCGGCCAAGUGUGGAUUCCGCCCCUGUGGGAUGAUGCAUGCAUCUGACGGCCAAUAGGAGGGCUCGUCCUUUGACCUCUGACCCCUCCCACCCGGCAGCCAUUUUGUCUCCCGUCCAUGGCCGCCAUUUUGAGAUGAGAGGAGCGGGGAGGAACGGGUUCAUGAACUUGUGAUGACAGUUAUGAGAAUGAGUAUACAGUGUAAUAUAUGACUAGUACAAGAACACCCAACCCUAACAAGCAUUUAUAUAUACGAUGAGAGGAGAGUGUGUGAUGGUAGUAGAUGACAUGUUGGAAAAAAAUGAUCUCCGGAGCAGGAAUUGCUCUCUUUCCCAGAGAAUGUAAAUGGAGAAAUCCCAAGCAGAAUUCUAUAUGGAAGGACAGUUGUUUCAAUCAGAAAUAUGUAAGAACCUGAUGCGAGAAACUUAAUAUCAAAAGGUGAAGCACCAAAGUGUUGAACUUUAGGCUUUGUACGAGUUUUUUUUUUUUUUUUUUUUUUUUUAAGAGAAGGUAGUGGUGCUUUCGAGAGCACUGUUUCUGUUGUUUUUAGCCUUGUGUUUAUGUUGCGUUUCUGUGGACUGAGUCUGUAGUCAAUUUUAAGCGACUGAGUUAAAAAAAAAAAAGUUUUGUGAAAGUGAACUUGCAGUAUGUACCUGCUGUCUGUUUUAUCGUUCUGCAGUGGGAGAUGGCAAAUUUGGGGGAAAGGCAUCUGCAUUUGAAAUGUUUUCCUUCUUCCUCUCCCCUUUUCUUGUCCUCCUUUUUUUUGUCCCUCCAUUCUCUGUUUCUCACUCCCACCCCCUGGCUGUGUUUACAUGGUGUGUGUGUGUGAUUGUACAUAGCAUGUACGUGUGUCUAGGAGUCACUCAGAGUGCAUGACAAAGGGGUGGAAACUUGUCUAACACACGCUAACCGGCUCUAGUCCCAUGUCCAUGUUACUGACACCAUUUUGACAACCUCUGACAUCCACACACACACACAUGGAUACCAACACAUACACCUCCCAAAUUCUUAUUUCAACCUGAUGUUCUGAGCUGUCAGUCUCAUAAUAUCCUGUGUAAAUACACACUGUGACGUCAGGUUUUGUAACCUAUCUUCACCACUGCAGUGCCCACGGUGAAACCCUGGCACUGUUGUUUGUGUUUUCGUCCCAUCAUUAGUAACUGUCUCUCUCUGUUUGAGCAGUCUGUUUAUCUGUGUGAAUGUGUGUGUGUGUGUGUGUGUGUGUUUAUAUAUAUAUAUAUGUGUGUGCGUCUCUGUUUGUUGGUUUGGGUUUUCUUGACAGUAAAAAAAAAAAAUGUUACUCUGCUUUUUGGAAAGUUCUGCAUUCUAUACACGCGCACACACUAAAGUUAGGCCAACUAUUAAACUGAUCAGACCUAGCUGGUUCGAAUAUAACAGGGAUGGAAGGGACUGAAUUCAGAUCAGUUGUUGAGAAUAUAAAUCUGUUACACACACACACAGGAGGAAAUGGAGGGUAAACGAGGAGACAACUGAAUUUUUAUUGAUUACCAGUAAAUUCAUUUUAUUUCUCCCAGACAGUGGGAUUUUAGUCCUUAUAUUGCCCAUUCAGGUGGAGAGAAGUGUUCAGAGAAGUAUUUAUGGAGUAAAACCAGAGAGCAAUGUAUGCAUGUUUCAGUUUAAGCAUCUCCACCGUGCACCUACCUGAACUAGGACGGAGGAUAAGGGUAUAUAUUAACUAUCAUAUUUGCAUAUUUUGAAAUGAAGAAAAAUGAAAAACUCUGCCUCCGUCCAGCAUAUUAAAUAGGUGACAGAUAAUAAAAUAAACAAAAAAAAUACUAUUUAAUUACAAAAAGGAUUGAGGAGCCUUGGCUUGUUAUGAAGCUCAUUGUCAUUACUCUCCCUGCGUUGUGAUGUUAACCUGUCGGGCUGCGCUUUCUUUCCCCAGCAGUCGUUGGAUGCUGGAGUUUUUUUGCAUGAUCAUGAUGUACGGUAAAUUAAAAUCAUGAAUUGAGGACGAUCAAAUGUUUGUCUAAUUGUUAGUAGGUCCUUUAUCAUAGCUUUGUUAUUCUUCAAAACUUGGAUCUUGAAAGUAUUUAAUAAAAAUACUAUUUCAGCACA